UUGUUUUUGGUUGCCAGUGGUAACUUCGUCAGCCAAUGGCCAUCGUUCUUUUUAAAGCAUACUUGCAGACGCAUUUUUGCGUACUCUUUAACCUGUACGCAUACUUGUCUUGUUGCUUGGCAACGUAUAAAUUCAACGGGAAAACUUGAGUAACUUUACUUCAGUUGAGAUGAACGACGUAAGAGAGCAACUCCAUUUCAUCGACCAAAAGUAUGAGAGUUUCAAACAACAGCAAUUUAUAUUUAUCAAGGCUCUUGAGCGGUCGAGGGAACAUGCUAGAGACAAAACUGAGCCUGUAUCUACCGUGACGCAGGUACAAAAGUACAUGAACCAUCACUGCAGCAAUGCCACAGACAGACGCAUCUUCUCACUCUUUUUGGAAAUAAUGGCUGAUCUUGAAGGAGCUUUAAAACUUCUGAAGUCCUUAGUGUCCAAUCAAAACACUGGUUCUGGAGAGGGCCUGGACACCUGCAGAAAGCUCCUGGACCCUUACAGUAACAUCAGCCAGCUAAGGGCAAAGUACCCACACAAUGAGAUAAAUCGCCUGAGCUGUGACGAAGCAAGGAAUUUCUAUGGUGGAAUUGUGAGUGUUAUUCCUCUGGCUCUAGACAUCCUCAAUUCCUACUGUAAAGGAGCUACUCAGUCUCUUGCUACAACACCACCAAGAGAAACAUCCCUCCAGCAAACAGAGGCAGUGAACGAAGGCACAUCUACAGACCUUGACAGGAGUACCAGAAGCAACUCUCGUAGAAAUAAGACGGGCGCAGGUGGCUGGCAUGCAGGAAAACCAGCCUGGAAGCCACCAGGCAAUAGAAGGAAAUAAAAUCUACCUGGGACUUUUCACAAUACUUUUUUAGGCUGUAAAAUAAAUCUUUGGUGUCCCCAGAGCACA